ACACGACACAUUUUUUUCGACACAUUUUUUUUUCCAGUACUGGUGUACGUGGAUGUUGAUUUUGAAUUUAUUUAACCCAAUUGUUUUAGUCAUCUUUGAUUAAUUUUUUUAAUAUUGAAUUACUGACAGCUGGUUGAUUGAACAUAUAUAUUUAUUCUGAUUCGGUUGAUUGGUCAUUGAAUCGUUGCUUUUUAUCAUCAUCGUCGUCAUCAUUUUUUUACAAUUUUUAAUUAAAAAUCAAGAUUUGUUUUCAUUUUUUCACUUGUUGCCAAUACCAAACAACCAAAAGAAAAAAGACCAAAAACAAAAUGAAAUUUGAAGAUAUUCUCCAACAGAUUGGUGAUGAAAAUCGUUUUCAAAAAUUUCUCAUCAUAUUUCUAUUAUUACCGACAUCAUUUUUUAAUGUAUUUUUUGAAGGAAUGUUUCUAUUAUCAACACCUGAUCAUUGGUGUCGUGUACCGGAAUUGGAACAUUUAUCAAUGGAACAACAACAACAUUUGAUACGACCAAUUGAUCCAAUAACUGGUAAACGUUCCAAUUGUGAACGUUAUGAUGUUGAAUAUAAAGAUUUUUUAAACACAAUCAAUACUAAUAAUAAUAAUAAUAAUGAUCUACAUCAAGAUAUAAAAUUAUUAAUAUCAAAUUCAACAAUACAAACAUUUGCUAAAAUUCAAUGUAAUAAUGGUUGGAUCUAUGAUCAAUCAUUGUAUACAGAAACGGCUGUCACAUGGUUUAAUUUUGUAUGUAAUCGAGAUUAUUAUGUUAAUCUGAUCAUGUCAUUGACUGCAAUCGGUUUAGCCGUUUUGACUCCACUUCUUUCUAAUCUAUCCGACAGUAUUGGACGUAAAAAAGCAAUGCUUAUCACAAUGAUUAUUGCCCAAAUAUCCUGUCUAUCACCAAUUAUAUUCAAAGAUAUUUAUUCAUUUCUUAUUGCACGUUUUCUUGCCGGCGGUAUACUAUGUGUUUAUUAUCAAUUACCAUUUGUGAUAACUCAAGAAUUAGUUAGCCAAAAAUAUCGUACACUUGCAUCAAGUUUAUCGGCCAUUUUCUAUUCAUUAGGCAGCUGUUCAUUAACAUUGGCAUUAAAAUUAACAGGAAAUUGGGUUACAUUUACAUGGGUACAAUUUAUUUUUACUUCAUUUCUUAUCAUUGCUUAUAAAUUGAUACCAGAAUCACCAUCAUGGUUGAUAUCGAAAAAACGUUAUGAUGAAGCUUAUGAACAAUUGGCACAGGUUUGUCGAUUUAAUAAACGUAAAGUACCCGAUGAUCUGAUGGCCAACAUAAUGUCAUUAGAAAGUGAUGAAGAUGAAUUGAAAUCAACAACAACAACAACAACAAAAAUAACGGAAAUAAAUAAUGAUAAUGAAAAUGAGGAUUCAUUCUUUGAUCUAAUAUUAAUGCCAGGGUUACGAUCAAAAACAUUAAUCAUAACGAUUGUAUUUAUAGCUUGUAUAAUUGGUUAUGGUGGCAUAAUUGGCAAUACGGUCAAUAUGGAAGCAAAUAAUCAGCUCUAUAAUUAUCUAUUAUUGUCAUUUAUUGAUCUACCAUCAUUGUUUAUUUGUUGGAAAUUGAUUAAUACACGAUUAGGUAGACGUUGGACAAAUGUAAUUACAAUGGGCAUUUGUGGUAUUGCACUUAUAUUGCCGGCUAUAUUCAAUCGUCAAUAUGAUGAAUAUUUUUAUACUGGUUGUACAUUGGUAGGAAAAUUCGGUGUUGCCGGUACAUUUAUGAUCAUAUAUCAACAUUCAUCGGAAUUAUAUCCAACAACAUUACGUAAUCAAGGUUUAGGACUAACAGCCACUAUUGGUUCUAUUGGUGCUAUUUUAACACCACAAAUAGUUUAUAUUGCAAAAUAUGGUGAAUGGAUACCAUUAUUCAUAAUCGGCAUACUAUGUUUAUUGGCAUCAAUAAUAGCAUCAUUCUUGCCAGAAACAUUGAAUGAAUAUCUACCACAAUGUUCACGUGAAGCAGCUAAUUUUGGUAGAGAUAAAAAAUUUUUUACCAUGGCCGAUCUAAAAAAUCGAAAAUUAUCAAUAACAAAAAAAACAACAACAAUAUCUUAA